GUCACUCUCCAGGAGCCGGAAGUGGGUUCCGUUUGGCAUCGGCAGGCGUGACCGCAGGGAUGGACCAUAUAAUUUACAAAAAGUUGCCCCACGAAGAGGCAAGAAAGCUUGGUUUAAAGGUUCAAAGCGGCAAGAAAUCGGAGGCGUUCGUAAGUGCCUUUCUCAAGCACUGCUUGCCCUCCCUGAAGACGAGUGCGGAGGAGUUCCUGGGCAGAAAGGCGUUGGUGCUGGAGUACGACCAGAAGAAGAAGAAACGGAAGCGACAGAAGGCAAAGGGUUUCACAGCCAAGGAGCGGCGGGAGCUGAAACUGUUCACCAUCAACCCAGAUCAGCAAAGAUAUGACAUGUACCUCCCGCUGCACGAGCUCUGGAAGCAGUAUAUCCGGAACCUGUGCUACGGACUGCGGCCAGACGCGCAACCGCAGAUGAUCCAGAACAAGAUGCUGAAGGCCGACCUGCACGGAGCAAUGGUCACAGUGUUCAAAUCAAAAUGUCCGUCGUACGUUGGACUCGCAGGAAUCAUCUUACAGGAAUCGAAGAACAUCCUGAAAAUAAUCACAAAAGAGGAUAAACUGAAAGUUGUUCCCAAGUUAAACUGCGUCUUCAGCGUGGAAAUUGACGGAUUUAUCACGUACAUCUACGGGAGCAAGCUUCAGAUGAGAGCCAGCGAGAGAUCAGCCAAGAAAUUUAAAGCAAAAGGAACCAUCGACCUGUAACUGUGGCGUCCAGGUGUGUGUAGCAAGCCCUGGAUGAAAAUCACAAAGUCAUACGACAGUAAUAUCGUAUAUAUUGCGGCUUUUGGAUGCGUUUCAAGGGCUGCUGGAAUUGAGUAAUGAUGGAACUCUCGUAUAACUAAUAACUCCCGCGAAAGUAAAACAUUUUUAUUUCCUGGCGAUGACACAUAAUAUCCUGUGCCAUUAAACUGCUGCCUUACUUUA